CAAGUCUAUGAUAUAAGUAUUUUGAGAUAUAUAUGACAUCAAAAUAAUAUCUUACAUUAAAAUUCUUAAAAAAUAACUUUUUUUAGGGUGCGUAUAUAUAUAUGUAUAUAUAUAUAUAUAUAUGUACCUAUCAUUUGUACUAUUACAAUAAAUAUCUACAGAACAUGGAGUAGGAAUGAAAACUAUUAUAAAAGAUUAUCAUGAAAUUUUAUUAAUGUUUGGUUAAUAUGACAUUUUGGUAUUGCUGACAUCGAAUGUGUUUUUCUUCCUUCUUAAUUUUAUAUCUAAAAUAACAAAGUAAAUUAUUUUAAAGUAGUGAUGGCUAAUCAUUACGAAGUACCCAAUUGGGCUGGGAAACCACCAGUUGGAUUACAUUUAGAUGUACUGAAGAAUGAUAAAUUAAUUCAAAAAUUAAUGGUUGAUGAGAAGAAAUGUUACUUAUUUGGGCGUAAUCAACAGUUAAAUGAUUUUUGCAUAGAUCAUGCUUCUUGUUCUCGUGUUCAUGCUGCUCUUGUUUAUCAUAAACAUCUGAAUCGUGCAUUUCUUGUUGACUUGGGUAGCACACAUGGAACAUUUAUUGGUAAUCUUCGUUUGGAACCACAUAAACCUACACAAUUACCAAUUGAUAGUACAUUUCAUUUUGGAGCUUCUACUCGGUAUUAUAUCAUUAGAGAAAGACCUCAAACAGGUACUAGACCUAUUAUUGAAGAAUUAGAAAAACUAUCAGAAGAUACAGAUGCUGGUGGUUUAUUGGGUUUACCUGAAACAGAAACAGAACUUGAUAAUUUAACAGAAUUUAAUACUGCACAUAAUAGACGUAUAUCUAUGUUAGGCAUUACAGAUGAUGAAAUUCAUAAACCAACUAGAAAACGAAAAAAAAAAGGAAUUACUUUCAAUGAUGAUGAAGAAGUAAUAAAUCCGGAAGAUGUUGAUCCAUCAGUUGGAAGAUUUCGUAAUCUUGUACAAACUACUGUCGUUCCCAGUAAAAGAAUGCGUAUGGAAGGAGGUUUAAUAUCUCUAUCAGAGGAUCAUAAUCCUUUAAAACAUCUUCAGCCAAUGACAACUACACCUCAGCUUUAUCAAGAUAUACCACCAGAACAGUUUACUCCAUCGUCGUUAUCUCUUAAUCCAUUUUCUAGUGCAUUAUCUUCACUAUCGUCUCGACUUGGUAUUGCAUUACCAAAUCCAGCACCUGAGGUAGAAAUGACACCGAAUCAAAUACAAACAGAAACACCACAUAUACCUGAAAUACCAGGACCUACUGAUACACGAACAAUGGAACCAAAAAAGAAAAAAUACGCCAAAGAAGCUUGGCCUGGCAAAAAGCCCAUUCCAACACUUUUGGUGUAAUAGUAUUAAGAAACUUAUUUUUAUUAGACAGUUCUUUAUUAUUUGAAAUUUAGAAAAUUAAGUUAUAUAAGAAUCUGUGCAUAAAUUACUCGUAUAAUAAAUUACUUUAAGAUUUUAGUUAAUAUUAAAUAACUGUUUACUAAUUA